UGCCCAUAAAUUAGUAAGCUGUAUAAAUUCAGCAUAUCCUUAUACUUAUUAAAUUUGGUUAGUGGAACAUGCCACAUGUGACUGUUUUGGUAAAUCAUAAAAGCAAUAAGCACUGAAGUGCCGGUGAAGAAAGGGACAGAUCAACAGCCAUAGCAUCUUUUCAAAGAGGAGUUAUCGUGGAUAAACAACAUGAAUUUUUACAAUUUGAAGUCAGACAUGUUUAUUAAACAUAAGGAUACACCGAAUUUACACAGAUUAUUAACUUCUGGGCAUCACAAAAUACCUCUCAAUAAUAUGACUAAACUGCUUACCAAAAUGUGGGGGUAAAUAAACAUCUCUAUAGUACUGAAGAGCCAGCCUCUGGACAAAUGUUUCACUUGUCAUCUGAAGCCCUGACGAGAUGCUGACCGUUUUACGAAGUGCAUCCUGGAAGUGAAUCAUUUCGCCAGUUCCACAGCUCAGCAGCUGCAACAUCUUUUAAGAGGUGAUAUUGUGGAUAAACAAGCUAACAACUGGCAGCUGGGUUGUCAUUAGAAGAUCUUGAAAACAACAUAAGAGAGGAAUAGUGCAGUCUUGAAAAUGCUCGAAGAGGAAGAAGACUUCAAUUUAAGUAGUUCUGAAAUGGGACAAAAAACAAUAGAUGAAGGAGACAGAACAGGAAAAGAAUUUGAGGAGCAAACUACAGAUGCUUUAACUUCAGCUAGUAUGACAGCAGCAGCAGAUUCCUCUGAUGGACACCCAAAUACAGACCAGCAAAGUCCAAAACACAGACGAGGACGUCCCAAAAAAAAUCACGACAUCAAGAAUCAACCAUUUAUGAGGGGGGAAUUUAGUAUUGUUAAUGUGUCCUUGACUAACUCUCCACAGAGGCAACACACAGAUUCUGAAAGGACAUUAGCAAAUAAAAGCUCUUCUGAACAACCUUUGAAAGGAACUGCUGACCAAGAUCAAAAACAUAGGAAUACGUUUUCAUCCUCAUUUACCUCUGCAAAUGAGCAGCCGGUCACUUCACAGAGUAGAGAAAUUGCAGUCAUCAUUCAAAAUAAUUGUUCUCCUGUUUCAGAUAUGAUUCAUCAUGUUCCUGUGUCGGACACUGAACGUCAGUAUGAAUUAAGUCUAGAAGAGCAGAUGAACAAUGAUGGCCACUCUGAAGGGGAAGAACAAGGCACAGCCCAGUCUUUAUCCAGUAUGACUGAUCUGACUUGUAAAGAAAUGGUAAAAUGCAAGAACUCGCCUGCACUUUAUCAUUAUACAGUGGCAUUCAACAAAUCUAGCACAACCUUGGACAAAGGAGAUAAAAAAGAUAAGCAGGACACCCAAAUUGCAGAGCUGACACAAUUAGGAAAUUCUGUUUGUGUUUUCUCAACUGAUGCUAAAUCUACUGAACUGACAGAUCAAGAAGAACUAAAAUUGGACACACUUCAGGAAGUUCCUAAUGUGGAAAACACUGGUGGUUGCUCUCUGCCAGAUGAGUUGAAAUGCCUUGAUCCUAAUUUUACCAUACAAAAGUCAGCGUAUGAGAAAACAUUUCAACCUGUAGAGGAAGUAGUAAAAGAACAAAUGAAUAGAGGAAUGUCACCUGAAUCUGAGGUUAAACAUAGACGGAAAGUUGGUCGCCCACCAAAGAGAAAAAGAAUUGUGAAAACACAAGUUUUGAAAAAGGUUAAUCAACCUCUUCACCUUGACUCUGUGCAGUGUUUCCAUGGAAAUAGUGAUAUUGAAACUUUUGACAAAUCCAAAAUGAAUGUUAAGCCCCUUGAAAUUAUCGAAAAGGAAGCUGCUCUCAAGCCAAAACCAACUGGAUUAUCAAAUUUUGAUGCUUGUCAAAUUCAAACCUAUAAAACAUCUGUUAAAAAUGAAGACUCUCAACAAAUUAUUUCUAUGAAUAUAAAGCCGCAAAGGAAGGUUGGACGACCAAGAAAGAAGUGCAUUACAGGGGUUGUCGAACAUAAUGGGUGUAAUGCCCUUGUGAAAGAAUCCAUAAAUUUUUCUCCCCAAACUUUACUUGGCAGAAAUAUUUUAGGUAAAGUUGGCAUUUGCAGUGAAGAGCAAAAUAAAAGCAACAAAGAACAACAAACACGAAAACCCCCUUUAGAAGUCUCAUCUCAGGAACCGUCUGUGAGGAGGGUAAGUGAAAAAAAUGCAGUGCAUAAGGAAAAGAUUAAUGCUUUAAUGACAAAUCCAAAUGAAAUUCAAGAAGUAAUUGGUAAAGAGAAGAAGGCAAGCACUGAAGGUUUGCAGGGUCUAAAGGACACAGAUGAAUUGAACCCAAAUGGACCCCUAUUUCAAAAACCAACACAAUGCAGUCAUCAGAAAAACACAUUAACAGAAAUGAAAAAAGGAAAAAAAGUGGUCCAGGAAUGUUUACCAUCACCUCAAAAUGUUUUUGAGCCACAAACCCAAAGUGCAUCAGAACAAGGAACUAAAAUUGUUCAUGUGGACAAAUCGAAACAGUUUUCAGAUCAAGGCAGACAAAGUAAAGAUAUGAAGAUUCAAGAUCUAACAGACAAUCUUGAAAUUCCACAACAAUGUCUCAUGUUGAGCCAAUCCACUGAUUUAAUUCAAGAAACACGAGGCAAUAUCAAGGAGGGAGUGAAAAAAGUGAACACAGCAUGUGAAGAGCUGGGGAAGGCAGGGAAAAUACUUACUGGAUUCAAGGCCAGUAGUGAAGCAGUAAAAUUUAAACGCAAAAUUGGUAGACCAUUAAAGAAGAAAACACUGAUUAAAAUGGCAAGACAGCUGGUCAUGGCACAAGAAGGAAGGGUAAAUAAAAUUAAUCUAAUUGGACACCCAGAUACUCCGAAUUCCUCCCAGAAUAUUACUUUGCAUCAUUCCAAAAAAAAUAAAGGUAAAAAAGAAAAGAAAAAAGCCUCAUGGCUCACCAGCCUCCCUGAAACUCAUUUGCGAAGGUACACUCGAGCAUGCAAAGUAGUUACAGAUUACACAAUCGAAAAACAUGAAAGUCAUCUUGGACACCGCACCAAUAAACCCAUUUUGACGCCUGAUCCACUUCUGUUUCCAGGCAGAACAACAAAACCAUCAAACCUGCGGAAAAUAGUCACCCCUGAAACUAAGACUGAACAACUGGCAGAACGCAAAUUCCUGGGAAGGAAAAGAAAGCAUCCUAAAAUAGACAUCAAAAUUGAAGAAACUUACCAUCCAGGCUUGUCAGAUUUUUCUUUAGAGAAUCCUGUUGCCUUACAGCAGUCUCUUUCAAAAACGAUAGUGUCUAAUUCAGUUCUUUCCACUGGGAAGAAUGCACUAAAUAUUUGGAACAAGCAAAGGAAAGCUAGAAAAAUUAAACCAGUAAUGGUUCAAAUGGAAAAUGUACUACCACACAGCACAGACAGUUAUGGUAACAUGAACAGAUGUCUUUCUGUUCCAGAGAACAUAUUAACUCCUGAACACGAGCCAAAGUGUAUACCAUGUAGCCCAAAUGUGACUUCAGACAUGAUUGAAAGAACUCAUAAUACUGUAAAUAUGAAAGGCCAGGGGGAAACUGAAAUGUCUCAGACAUCACAUUUUUCAGUUAACAGUAUGCCUGAAUUACAAGUUGAUACAUCCAACAAAUAUCUUCUUUCAUCUCAGGAUGCAGCAAAGACUGUUAAUGUUUCUCCUGUCAAAGUGCCUAGAAAACGGGGAAGACCUCGCAAAAAUCUCAUCAUUCUGGAUCAGGAAUCUGAAAAAGAGGUAAAAACACAAACUGAUACCAAUAGUUCAGUAGCAGAUCGAAGUCCCUCUCUAUCAAAAGUAUCCUGUUCAAAAUCACCAGAAAUGGGAGUGUCUUAUUUGGAUCUUUCAACAAAAUUGAGUCCAAAAAAACCUCAUAAAGUAGACAGACGUCGGAAGAGGUUCAGGAAUCAGAAAGCACUUCCAGGGUUGGAAAGCACAUUGGAUAAGCUUUUCGAAACAGUUACACAAACUACAGAUACUGAAAUAGAAGGUGUCCCCCAGAAACAUUCCAAAGGCUUAAAUGUGGAAUCAGUUCUGCAAAAUGCAAGAGAAACAAAAACUUGGCAAUUGUGCCAAGUUGAUACUAACUUAGUUUCCAUGGUUCAACAGCACAUUAAAUUUAACAGUGCGCAUGAAUUCAGAAAACAACGAAGAAAAGGAGUGGGCUCUCGGAAGAGACGCAAGAGGAAAAGGUCUUGGUGGGAUGAUCGUGGAAAAACUAAGUGUGAGCCUUUGGAAACAAACUUUGAGCUAAUGGUGAAAACCGAUGAAGAUAAAACAGUAAUUGAGAAAAUGAAGGAAAGUGUUACAGUUGAGAAAAUAUCAUCUAAACCACUUGACGAGUUUGCUAAUAUGAAUCACCCUGAAUUUCAUGCAGCAACUGAUUCAAUAACACAAACUCGGUUUGUGACUGAAGAACCUAAAACCGAUGGGGAAAUAUUAGCUGUGGUUCAAUCAGAUGCAAGGACCAAUAUAAAUGCUCAACAAGAAACAGAUUCUGGAAACAUACUGCAUGAAAAACAAGAUAAUUUCAACAUCCAUAAAAUGUUUACCAAGAAUCAAGUGUCAAUUGAAAUUGACAAAGGAAAUCAGAUACAAGUCAGCUGUUCAGGAAAUGAUGUAGGAAAAUCAUUGGAAGUCAUGACCCCAGAAUCAUACAAAAAAACAAUGGACAAACUGACAGCUGAAAUUACCCAAGGCAAAACCUCUUUAGACUCACACAGUGAAACUGAGGCAAUUGAUAUUAUGGAUUCAAAGACAGUGCAGUGUGAAGAAAUAGGGGCAUCUGAGGUAACCAUACCUGAGCCUGGAGAAAUAUCUGAGAACACCAGGAAAGAAGAUGAGCAGAUACCAAUUCAUGCAAUAGAACAGAGAGAAGGAGGUGCCCUGACCUUGACAUCCAUAAAAACAUUUAAGGGUAAUGACUCGGAUAUUCUUCAUUUAGUGUCUACAGAGUCUACCAUCCAAAUUCCUUUUGACUCAAAAUCUCUGGAAACUGUUAAUGAGAAGAACACUUCACAUGAACAUAUUUUGUCUAAUCUUUCUGAUGAGAAAGCAGCAAGAAAAGAUUUAUCCUCUCAUACCUUAUUUUCAAAUUUGUUCCAAAAUCAAAACACUGCAGAAGAAAAUUUAAAUCAACUUAAACAGAGUGAUCAAUAUCUUGAUGAAGAUAAAAGAAGCACAACCAUCCCUGAAGAUAAUGUUGCAGAAAAAAUAUUGGAGGAAGCGUCUCCAACUUCUAAUCCUACAAAACCCCGUGGACCAGGACGUCCACCCAAGUAUCAGGGAAGGAAACCUAUAGAAUGCCAUUAUUGUGGACGGUCAUUUCAUUAUAUCUCGUCUUACAUUAUCCAUCGUCGUAUCCAUACAGGUGAGAGGCCAUAUAACUGCCAGGAGUGUGGAAAGACAUUUGCUCAGCGUUCUAACCUGAAUACUCAUAGAAAGAUACAUAACAUGUCAGAAUCUUUGCAGUGUCCAUAUUGUGACAGCAGGUUUACUGAUAGGGAUAAACUCCUUGAGCAUUGCAAGACACACACAAAGGGCUCAGACAAAGCUGAUUUUAUUGAGAAAUUGGGACAAGAAGGCAUAUGUAUUGAAACACAGCAUAAAAGCAAUUCUGCAAGCUCUACCAUAACUCUGAAGGAUGCAAAACCCCAUGUAUGUGAAUUUUGUGGCAAAAGAUUUUGCUUUAUUUCAAUGCUGAAGAUCCACUUGCGUGUUCAUAGCAGAGAAAAACCAUACACUUGCAAAGUUUGCGGCAAGGCCUUCAGCCAGGCUUAUAGCUUGUAUGCGCAUGAGAAAAUACAUUGGUCAGUUAAGCCAUAUGUUUGUACUAUGUGUGGAAAGGGAUUUACACAGCUUGGAACACUGAAAACCCACCUUUGCCAACACAAAAGAGAAAACCAUGUGAAGAAGGUAAAGACCCCAAUAACUUUCCAGUGCCAUAUUUGUGAGAAAAGAUUUGGUCUCCGGCAUCAGUACAACCUUCACAUGCGUACACAUACUGAUGUUCAGUCUUGUACCUGUCUUGUGUGUGGCCAGAAAGUCUCUGACCUCAAUGUUCAUCGCCAGUCUUGCAUCAAAUUAGGUGGAGAGCACGCAUUAGCAGAGGAUGGAGGAACUAUUUCACCAGUUUGCCAAGUUUCAGAAAAAUCUCAAUAUCGGUAUAGUCAACAUUUUCAAUCCCAGCCCCUACAGCAUUCAGAGGUCAAAAACAACCAGUAUCAUCAGCCACAACCCCUUCAACCACAGUAUGAAGACUACCAGAAAACUCGGGCUGACAUAUCUUACCCUCAAGUACAAAACUAUAAACCGUUCCAUAUGAAAAAGGGGAGCCAUUCUUCACAAACUUACCCCAUAGUUAUAGAUUCAUCCACACGACAGACUGAAAUUUCUAACUUGGAAUACCUUCAACAGUACUCUCUUUCAAGGUACUGUUGCUUUCAGUUGCAACAUUGCGAUCAUAAAACUAAUCCCAGGAAAUAUUUAUGCCCACGCUGUGGCAGACUCUUUAGACAUUUGGGGCGACUUCGAGCUCACAUGCUAACCCAUAUUCGGGGACAGACCUACACAUGUGGACACUGUGGCAGAGUUUUGGAAAACUGGAACAAAUUCUGGUUGCAUCAGCGAGUUCAUAGACAACAGCAAGGACGUUUCUUUUGCUCCACGUGUGGUCAGGGUUUUCGCUUCACUGGAUUGUAUAAGCAGCAUUUGGAGGAACAUACAAAGCAACAAGCAAUUGGAUGUCCUCUCAGUCCUUAUACAAUUUCCCAUGAAGAAAGUUUAAAAACCCACCAGCGAGAGUGGCACAAUUCUUAUAAACCAUGUAGAUGUAGUAUUUGUGGAAAAGGUUUCCUCCAUCAGAGAAACUUAGAAAGACACCUUUUAAUUAAACACAGCACUCGCUCAUGUUCCUGUUCUCUUUGCAGUAUCUCCUUUUCUUACCCCAAUGAGCUACAGAUACACCUAAAGACUCAUGCAACCCCAAAUAACCAUGUUCCUGCAGUUUCAUCACAAUCUAUCUUGCUGCCCUACAGAUGCGCAGAAUGCAAAACAAGCUUCAGAACCCUAAACUUGCUAUUUUCCCAUCAGCUGUGUCACUCCUCGUCUAGCAAAACGAAGGCAUGGCACACUGGAAAAAUUGUUGGCCAACAACACCAAAAGCAGCUAAGUUAUAGAUGUAAACAUACAAUGGCACCUUUUGUUCGUCCUGAAAUUUCGUCUUUGAGCUCCCUUCAUACCAGGAGACGAAACUUCUAUUCCUGCAAAGAUAGAAUUUCAGUCCCAAUCACUAAUCACAUUUCCAGUACAAUUUGCCAACAAGACAGUUCUAACGUCAGUCACUCCAUUCCACCUGUACAUCUCCUUUCUCAAGAAGGAGGCAGUAAGAUAGGCAACCCUUCCAAUAUUCAACCCUUGGUUGAUGACACAUGUCUAACUCAGACUGUGCCGGCUUCCAUAGUUGUGCCAUUUUCUGAAACUCAAACUGAGCACUUCAAUUUUCAUACCCAAACUAGUACAUCCAUCCCACCAUCUACUCUUCAACAAAUAUCACAGGCCCAGAGGGAUUCCCAGAAAAAGCAAAUUCCUUAUGCCCCAAAACCCCUUCAUACUUAUGAGAUGUCCACCAGAAUUAUCCGUAGAGUCUUGUCAUCAUCUUUUGAUGAGAAUGAAGAGGAUGAUGAAGAUAGUUUUGACUGUGCAGAAUGUGGGGCGCAGUUUGGUGAUGUUCCAGGAUUAUACGAACAUUACUUACAGCAUGCCAGAGGAGAGGUGUAAGGAACCAAAUUGUUUGAAGAAAAAUGUUUAACAGAGGCCAUUAUAUUUAACUUUUGCUUAUUUUGAUAAUUUUUUUUUCUCUGUCCAUAGAGUUCUAUAAAUAUUUAUGUUCUUGGUACUUGUAAAUAUUCAGUUUAUUCUAAUGAGGGUGGAAGAUUACAGGUAUACCUCAAUGAGUGUGAGGAAAGAUUGGUCUUAAAAAUAUAAUUGCUAAUGACAGGGCUGAACAGCUGGUUUUGAUGGUUGCUCAAAUCCCAAAAUAUUGCAAGUAAACAUAGUCUGUAAUAUUGUAAUAUUCUGGUCAGAUUUAGUUUCUUGCCUUUGAACACUAUUAUUUAUAAAAUGUUUCCCCAUUGUUUUGAAUGAGAACCUAAUGUUAAAUGGUUUGGAUACAUUUUCACAUGUUAUCGCACUAUUUUCUUAAUGUAAUGUUAAUUUGUGGAUUAUGGACACUAAAAAUUUCCAAGCUGUUACAUACUUGGAAGGCAUUACUACGAGUUUUGCCCUGAAAAUGGGAAACAUGAUUUUGCAUUUAUUAAAAUUGUUUAAACUGUGAAGUUAGUGUGAAUUUCAGUAGUGCACUGUACAAAUUGCAUUCAUUGUGUUACAGUUUUUUCACUUUUGAAAUGUGAACUAAAAAUAUGUAUUGAUUUCCUGUUAUUGAGAUUUAAAAGAAAACAAAAAAAAUCAUUGUAAUAUAAUUGUAAAUAUUCUGUUUUUGUUUCACAGUUAGCUUCCUAAAAAAAACAACCAACACUCUCUUGUAACUGGCAUUAAAAUAUAAAAUGUUUGUUUUUCCCCUGAAUUCAGUUGCAGAUUUUACUUUUAAAUUUGCUUUGAAAAAACAGAACCAAAUUAACCAAAUUAAUUUCUUUUGUUUGAUCUUUUUUGUGUUAUUUUUAAGUGUGUUGCAUAGCAGAGAUUAAUGCAAUAGAGGUUAAAAGGUUUCUACAAAAUAUUAAAAAAGGUUAUUUUUUUGUAAUUCCUUGUAAAUGUCAUGUUCAAACAAAUCAAUAAAGAUAAACUUUUA